AUGACUGAAAAGACAACAUUCGGCGAUAUCAAUUACGCUUCGCAAAAGAAUGAGUUCACCUCUCACAAGGAACAAACAAUUCACGAUGAAGCACCUGCUCGUCAGGGCUCCGUCGCCCUCAACAUCGUCGACAACCCAUUGAGAGUAAGCAGCCUACGCAUCUCUCGAUCACUCUUGUACUUUGUUGGAUUGGAGCUGAUCACGUUGAAANNGCGUCACGAUAAAGAAACUACCGUCCACGAUGCUAUAACAUUCGCCGAGUCGAACGGCAUGGCAGACCAAGCAGCUCUCUUCGGUAGAGCCGCUCUCGUCGCGCGUGACCCAGAAAAUUUCGAAUCAAUCCCCGAUCUCACACAGGACGAGCGUGCAGCACUUGUUUACGAGAGAGACCACAAAUGGCAUGGACCAAAGAUGCUUUGGUUUUCGAUUGGUCUUUGUGCCAUUGGUGCCGCCACACAGGGUUGGGACCAGACUGGUUCAAACGGAGCCAACUUGUCUUUCCCUCAGGAUUUUGGUCUUGAUGAGAAGAACAAUGCACGCGAUGCCUGGAUUGUCGGUCUUAUCAACUCCAUCAUCUUCCUGACUGCCGGGCUUAUUGGUGCUUUCAUCGUCGAUCCUCUUAACAAAUACCUUGGACGAAGAGGUGAAAUUUUUCUUACUGCUGCCUGUCUUACUGCCACUCCCAUCGGUUCUGGUUUCGCACAGUCAUGGCACGGUCUUUUCGCUGCCCGUUUCAUCAUGGGCAUUGGUAUCGGUGCAAAGAACGCUACCGUUCCGAUCUAUUCUGCUGAGAUGGCACCCGCUCGCAUUCGUGGUGCUCUUGUCAUGUUCUGGCAGCUUUGGGUCGUCAUUGGUAGGAACACAUUCAACUUAGUCUUUCUACAAUCUUUAUUGACUUCUCAUCGCNNAGGCAUCUUCCUCGGAUUCUGUGCAAAUGUCAUCGUAAAGGAUGUUCCUCGCAUUGCCUGGCGUCUUCAGCUCGGGUCUGCUUUCAUUCCAUCCUUCAUCCUUAUGGUCGGUAUUUACUUCUGUCCCGAGUCACCACGUUGGUUGAUGAAGCACGGUAAAAUUGCCAAAGGUUUCCAAUCAAUGGCUAAGUUGCGCGCACACCCCAUCAUCGGCGCACGCGAUUACUACUACAGUUACGUGAUCUAUAAAGAAGAGAUGCAGGUGGCCAGCGGCUCAACUUACUUCACUCGCCUGAGAGAUUGUUUCACCGUUCCUCGUAUCCGCAGAGCCAAUUACGGUGCUUCAACUGUCAUGCUCGCCCAGCAGAUGUGUGGUAUCAAUAUUAUCUCGUUCUACAGUUCUAGCAUCUUCACCAACGCCGGCUACAGUGACGACCAGGCCCUGUUCGCAUCUCUCGGCUACGGUGCCGUCCAGGUCAUCUUCACCAUUCCCACUUUGUUCUUGAUCGAUACCAAGGGUCGCAGAACCUUGUGUUUAAUCGUAAGUCCUCCACCAUGGUACGGGAUAAGCAUCUCACUAACUUUCCCAAGNACAUUCCCUCUUAUGUGUAUUUUCCUGCUCGCCGCGGGUCUGUCGCUAUUGCAACCCACGACCGUGAGUGACGCUGCCAGAGUUGGACCAGUCGUCUUGUUCGUCUAUCUCUUCACAAUCUGCUAUUCUCUUGGUGAAGGCCCGGUUGCAUUCCAAUACUCUGCCGAAGUCUUCCCUACCAUCCAGCGUGAGCAGGGUAUGGCAUGGGCAGUCUGCAUCAACAACACCUUUGCUGGUAUUCUCGGAUUGACAUUCCCACGUAUGCAGAACGUCAUGACACCCACUGGUGCUUUCGGCUUCUAUGCUGGACUUAACCUCAUCGCCUGGGGUAUGAUCUUCUGCUUCGUUCGCGAGACCAAGCAACUCACCUUGGAGGAAAUCGACCAAGUCUUCUCUGUGCCUACCAGGAAGUUCCUCAACUACGAAGUCGGUACCUGGCUGCCGUACUUCAUCAAGCGCCAUGUUCUGUUCCAGAAGAGCACUCCCAAGCCUCCACCAAUCAUUGAGAAGGCCGAGUGGGUCGACAGCAAGCAGCACACUCUUAACGGUUAA